GACGAAGUGAUCGAGAUACUAGUGUGCAGUGACGACCCCAACGCUACAGUCGACAACGAUGGAUCCAUUGGAGGAUGAUCACGGGUCGGGAGCUAUCCGUCACGGAGCUUAGAAGUCAGAGGAGGCUAUAUUGAAAUUACAGCGUAGACAGGUUCGCGUCCAGGCGUCCUUAACCAAUAGUACCAACAUACGUGGAAGUCGUGAUCUGUGAAGCAGGCGAUUAAUCUCAAUCGGAUCGGACUGCAAGAGCAAACCUCGCAGGAUCCCCGCUGGCGAACAGGUUGGUUGCUGCUUGAUUCCGGUGAAAAGCAAUAAAAUCCAACGAAAUGUCUGGACAGAGCCAGCGCUUGAAUGUGGUUCCCACAGUCACAAUGCUUGGAGUAAUGAAAGCCCGGCUUGUUGGGGCUACAAGAGGCCAUGCUUUGCUCAAGAAGAAGAGUGAUGCACUAACUGUGCAGUUUCGGCAGAUCCUCAAGAAGAUCGUAUCAACAAAAGAAUCAAUGGGAGACGUCAUGAAGACUUCCUCCUUUGCCCUUACAGAAGCCAAAUAUGUGGCAGGUGAGAACAUCAAGCACAUCGUCAGGGAAAAUGUCCAAAGUGCAGCACUCAAGGUUCGAUCACAACAAGAAAAUGUUGCCGGGGUCAAGCUUCCUCGAUUCGAGUACUUUGUGGAUGGCGAGACUAAGAAUGCCUUGACUGGACUGGCAAGAGGUGGCCAACAGGUUCAAGCUUGCCGCACAGCAUAUGUUAAAGCUAUUGAGCUACUCGUCGAGCUUGCCACUCUCCAAACAUCCUUCCUGACCCUCGACGAAGCAAUCAAGACCACAAAUCGCAGGGUCAAUGCCCUUGAGAACGUCGUGAAGCCAAGAUUAGAAAACACCAUAACUUACAUCAAAGGCGAGCUAGACGAGCUGGAAAGGGAGGACUUCUUCAGGCUGAAGAAGAUACAAGGUUACAAGAGGCGAGAGGUCGAGAAGCAGCGUGAAGCUACCAAAGCAUACGAGGAAGGGAAAUUCGCGGAAGAUAUUUCUUCGAAAAGAGGUGCACACUUUAGAUCAGGCCGCGACAUCCUCUCCCGGUCGUCGCACAAAGACGAGGACAUAAUCUUUUGAAAAGAAGACUGCUGCAUUGUGUUGAAGUACGUAUUCUGAGAGAUAUAUGAGUCGAUGUUCUUUUUCUAAUAAAGAUCCUUUCUUUAUGCA